AUGAAUCGGGCUAGAAGAGGGUUGCGAGUUACUGCUACAAAGUGGUUUGAGAUGGGGACAAAGAAGUAUAUCAACAAACAGGGCGGUCUGGUAAACUCGAAACGUCGGCUUCCAUCAAAAAAUACCGUGCACCUAGGAUUAGCGAUCUUUGGUAAUACAUUCCUACUUAAUGAGUACGUCAAGACUAGCUAUGCAAAGAGCAUUAAUUCUAAUAAGACUGUUUUGAUCUCGAGAAUACCAGUCCUUUUUAACAGACCCAGGUUGUAUAGAGCCAUAUACUAUUGUAAUGCGUUUGCUAAAUAUAUAUCGUACUUUCUCCUAAAUACAGCUACACCAAAGACUCAAAAAUAUUAUAUUCAAGGAUUUUGGCUUGGCUGCACCAAAAUAUAUCGCAGACGUUUUAUGGCGUUAAUUGAUGUUCAAGAAAUGUUUGUGCAGUUUAGAAUCUCAGUUUGUAUUUGUGUUUGUGUUGUGUUGGGAGUGCUUAAUGAAAGGAAAAUCCUGUGUUUAACCUUUUUGCGGCAGGCACUCAAGAAGAUGAUCUUUGGUACCCCUGUUUACUUUCUCUGUGGUUAUGUAAGGAAAUAUUGUGGGAAACUAAAAUAA